AUGAUCAAAAAUAUGCUAGGGCCAGGAACAGCUUCCCAAGCUUUGCAAAGCUCCGCCUAUCGGGGCAUCGCGGCCGCGGCAUCGGCAGGGCAGGCUCCCGUCUCAUGCGAUGUGAGCGGAGCGGGACUGCAAAAGUGGUGCACGCCGCCGGGGCGCCGGAAUAACACGAGCUCUCUCAUCUUCAUCAGAAAAAUCAGCCUUUGUCAGUCGUCGAGUGGGGGCGGCACGACUCUGGAUUCUCCUUUCUUGCCUGAAUACAACGGCGAUACGGUCCGAUAUGGCCGCUCGACGAUACCAACUGCUUCUAGAAACCCUAUGAGGUUCAUUUUAGGAGGAAGACGAUUCCAGAGACAUUCGACCCUCUACCUCAGGCUCUCUAGAGCGUUGAUCCGGUCAAACAGAGAUAUGAGAAAACCCAGAAAUCUUCUGAAAGCGGCGGCGUCUGUGGAGGAUGGCCUGGCUGAUAACUGGCUACCUCGCUAUUCCCAAGUAACGAAUGCUGCACCGUCUCGUGAUCCUGUUGCUGUCGUGCCUAUGCUGAAACUCCGCCAGCGCCUGUCGCUGUAAAUCUCUGAUAAAGCAAUCGCUGGUAUCUCCCUAGAAGAUUCUUCAAUUGAUAAAAUGAUUCAUAUGGCCGGGUACCUUCAUCCGGCACUUCUCGCAGUCUGCUCGAAAGCCCAUCACGAGGCCUCGCUUUGGUCCGAUGCCCAUAUCGCUUGGCCCAGCACGCACUGGUGAAUCGCCGCUGCUAAGGGCUCCGCUGCGCUGACGCUGCUUCCUGACUAUGAUACGGUCUGGUGCAUCAUCCAUGGGCUCCAAGUCGAAGGCUGAGUCUAGUUUGUUUGUGUUUCGGCUUGAUGAUCGAACAGGGUCGAUCGAAAUUCUGGGUAGAGAUCCGUCCUCGUCCAUAUCCAUGUCGCUGACACUAAGCAUCGACAAUUGUGAUCCAGCGACCUCCGCUGCACUAGGCGGCGUAGGAACCUCGUCUUCAUCGAUUGGUGAUGGUACUUCGAGGAGGUCUGAGCUGGGGAAAUUCUGUUGUGGGUGGCGGGACCUAAUAUGAUGAUUUAUGCCAGUCCGAAUGCGCUCUGGACUCGCACCUGGCCUCAUCGGUAC